CGAGAACAAUGGCAUCGAUUAACCAUGGUGAAAGAUGCAGUGGCUGCAUAUGCUCGGCGACGUUAUGCACGGAUUUCGUUUGACAAAUACAUCGGGUCACAAGGUGAGAAAGAUUGGCUGGCGAAAGUAAUAACAAAGAAUGAGCCAUCGCUUAUAAACAUCGGAGCAGUGGAUAUGGCACCCAAUUCACCAAUUGGCAUAAAAAAGGGAAAACGAUGCCCAGGUACACGGCAUCUUCAAUGCAGCGUUAAAAAACUUGGCCAUUCAGAUGUACACAAAGUGAAUGAAGAUUUCACAUCUCAACACUGUGCGAAUUGCCAGAAGAAAUUCCCGAUUCAAACAAAAAAAUAUCGAUUCAAAGUGUGCCACUGUACUCGCGAUGCACUAAUACCACAAGAAAUAGAACCGUAUAUCUCACUACCACGGUUAAUUGUGACGAAGAAGAGUCAACGACGCAAAAAGAAAGAUAGCUGCGUGAAGAAAUUGAUCGCAAGAGGCAUCAUGGAUCCAGCAAAUCAACCAGCAGAAUUUCAACCAGGGCGAUUAGAGUCAAAGAAAAUGUACUUUCUGAAAAACUGGCUACUAAACUCUGUGAAUGCAUUCAAAUGGGAGGCGACGCUGAUAAAUAUCCGGAACAACAACAACAACAGCAACAUCAAAAACGAUUUGAUUAAGCAGCGUCGAAAUCAAAAAGAAAAAAUAUAAUAACUCUGGUAGUUAGUAGCAAAGCUUGUAUUUUGUGGCUUUGGUGAUUGUGUAUAGUACACAUUGUCUAAAUGUGUAAUUGUACACAGUUCAGUACAGAUUUAUCUGUAGGUAAGUAUUAUUUUAUCAAAUGUUAAAAAUGAAUUUAAUUUGGAUGUGGCGCUCAGUUAAAUAACAUUCGAAAAAAAUCCAUUUUCGCCGAUAGAAAUAUGGCUCUAUAGAUUUUAGCUAACUUUUUCUUUCUCCUUCUUUUUCUUCCACUGGUGACGUUGAAAAUGACUGAAACUACACACAAAUCCGGCCACAAAAUUGACCGUCAACAUAUGCCCGAUAAUGGAUGAAUUUGCCCCAACAAUUGUUUAUUGAUAUAGCCAUUGAUAUUGUUGU